CUCUGCCAUCGCCACGCCGCAACGUGGCGCGGAGCAUAAUGAAACCGCUUUGCCCAGAGAAAAUCCCAGAUUCAGAUAAAACGUUUAAAUUUACGGUAGAAUUUAAAAAUAACUCUGACGGUUAUAAUAGGGCAUUCAUUAAUAACUCAUCAUACGCGAUUAAACCGUAUGACCCUACCUUACUGGAAGUUUUUAAUGGAAAGAAGGAAUUUUCCGUUGACGCAAAUGUUUAUUAUAUUGAGAAGAAGCAAUAUUUAAUAGACACCGAUGAUGGCGAACAUCCAUUCCAUUUGCACGGUCAUAAAUUUUGGAUAUUGGCAACGGGUAAUGGUAUGGAAAUUAAAAUAUCAGAGUUUAAUACCGUGGAUCCGUUAUCAAGAGACACUACCACUGUACCUGCUCAAGGGUGGCUCGCAAUAAGAUUUAUAGCUGACAACCCUGGCGUGUGGGCAUUCCAUUGUCACAUAGAGUGGCAUUUAGAAGUAGGAUUGUUAGCCCAAUUCAUAGAAUCACCUGAUGAAAUUAAGAAACUGAGUCCACCGUCGGAUUGGAGAAAUUUGUGCCCUAAAAAAAUAAAAUCUAAAUAG